UCGGGAUUACAAUACAAGCGUAAUAUCGCUGUUGUUUGUUCAGUUUUGGCAUUUCUUUACAAAAGUUUAGCCCGCAGUGUCUUGCCUGUCGAUAUUUUGCUCAACUCUUCGUAAUCGAUCUACAUAUCCGUCAAGGCCUGUAUAACGAAUGGUUUAAUUGAUACAGAGAUGGGUCGCGGCGUGCUCGUGGCGUUCGAUUUUGAUCACACCAUCUGCGACGGCAACACCGACCUGGUGGUGCAAAAAUUGCUGACAGAAGAGACGAUAUCCAAGGAUGUACAGAACUUGCGGAAGUCUAGCGGGUGGAUUGCAUAUAUGAGCAGGAUAUUUGAGCUCCUGCGCGAGAACUCGGUGAACGCAGGCCAGAUCGAGGACGCCAUCGUCGGUAUCCCCGCGGUCGCGGGGAUAGAGAAGCUUCUCGUUUCCUUGCAUGCCAACGGCCACGAGACGAUUGUUAUCAGUGACUCCAACAGCGUGUUCAUAGACUGCUGGUUCAGGAGCAGGCGGCUCGAGAGCGUCGUAUCGCGCGUCUUCACGAAUCCAGCUCGAUACAACGACGGCAGGCUGAUAAUCGACGCCUAUCAUACGCAGCACACAUGUCAGAUAAGUGCUGUCAAUCUCUGCAAGGGACAGAUUCUGAUGGACCAUAUUCAGGAGAAACACAAGGAGGGCAGGAGCUACGAGAGAAUCGUCUAUAUCGGCGAUGGCAGGAACGACCUCUGCCCUAUUUUGCGCCUCUCUGAAGUCGAUCUAGCAUGCCCGCGCAAGGACUAUCCGCUCAUCGAGCGACUGAACAAGUUACCUACUUCUGUCUCGAUCAAGGCGAAAAUUAUCCCGUGGCAGGACGGUAUGGAUCUACGGCGCAACUUGGAACAGAUCAUAGAGCUUCGUUAGCUUUCGUAUUUAAUUAAGCAAGGUAGACUAGUCGGUCGACUACUCCGCUCUUUUCAUUUCAUACUUGUAUAUCUGCAAUUUGCACCUUGUGUGUUUUCAUCACAAGAAUAUAACAUUGAAUCCUUAUCUAAAUCACUUAUUUUGUGAUACAUUACACGUAAGAAUGUUCGUGUAACUAGCGUAUGUAUUAUCGUUGUUUGCUACAACAAUUAACGUAACUAAAAAUUUGCAAUUUUUGGCUAUAAAAAGAAAAAAUUCUGAUGAGAAUUAAAUACACUAAGUGAAUACAC